UAUUAUUCGCGGCACUCGUUGCCAGUGGCAGUUUAAGAAAUCGUUAACCAAAUCGUUGACUUUAAGCUUUGGAUUAAAGUGGCUGGCAGUGAUGAAUUGCCCCGUCGACGAGACAGACAUUUAGAGCUCACGAGAUCUUCGUAGAGUCGACGCCAAGGACGUCGCAACGUAUUUCUGCAGCUUUUAAGGCGAAAAGUGUCCCACCUUCGACUGACCAGAGAAUUCCGAAGAUCCACGCUCCUUGGACACUUGCGACUGCCAACUUUUGAGAAAGUGAAGUGACAAAACAGAAGACGUUCUCGUUGUACAGUCCGUAAUUAGCUUUCGAAGACGUUAAGUUAACAUUGAGUUAACGUUAGACUGAUACUAGAACACUGUGAUAACAUAAUUCACUCGGUAUAUAGCGUACUGGAAUUUGUUUGCUUGCUUCUGCAAAUGCCAAUGUUGUAAACAGAAAGACGUUUGGUGGAACGGCAUACAUAAUAAAGUAUUACAACACAGAAGCGAAAUACUGUGAUACGUGUAAGUUAAAGACAUCAACGUGAAGAUUGCAGAUACCUGUUAGUACGAAGAAUAUUUCAACAUGUCCUUCAUUUUUCUCAACGGGACUAUGUUCGUGAUGGCGCACGCGGCCAAUAUAUUGGUUUCGAUGGACAACAAGAAUAACAGCAUAGCUCCGAAUAUCGUUACCACAACCUUGUCGCCGGAGGAAGUGGAAAACAGAUUCGAUUUGGAUGAUCAAUGGUACAUGUGGCGAUGCUACGAGCCGUACGGCUGUUUUUACAUCGGAGCACCGUGGUCCGGGGAGAACCGUCCGGUGUCCACAUUUCCGGCACGCCCGGACACGAUCAACCCACGUUACAUCCUUUACACGCGCGAACAGGCCGAAAAGCCUUACGAGUUGACGAUCGACAGCUUCGAGACGAUCCAGAAAUCGCCUCUGAACAAGAAGAACAAUUUGUAUCUCAUCAUUCAUGGCUUUUUGGACAACGGCGAUAAAACAUGGGUUAUGAGACUGAUGAAGGAGUUGCUGUCACGGGAGGAUUGCAACGUGGUGAUCGUAAACUGGCUCGCCGGGGCGGGUCCACCCUACACGCAGGCGGUGGCGAACACGCGGCUGGUGGGCGCGAUGACAGCUCGCUUGGUCGCGCAGCUGCUCAACAUCACGGGGUUACCAGCCUCGAAGACGCACUGCAUCGGGCACAGUUUGGGCGCCCACACUUGCGGCUACGUGGGAUACAACUUGCAGAGCAAUCGCUACAAGUACACAUUAGGCCGUAUCACAGGCCUCGAUCCGGCAGAGCCGCACUUCAGCAACACCUCGCCGAUGGUCCGACUGGAUCCGACGGACGCGGCAUUCGUGACAGCCAUUCACACCGACUGCAGUCCUUUUAUCAGCGGCGGCCUUGGCAUUAUGCAACCGGUGGGGCAUAUCGAUUUCUAUCCGAACAGCGGUCGCAAUCAGCCUGGCUGUAACGAAGGCGUGCUCAAUUCCAUCACCUUGGAGCGCGGCAGCUUCUUUCGCGGGAUUAAGAGAUUCUUGGGCUGCAAUCACAUCCGUAGCUACGAGUACUUCAUCGAGAGCGUAAACUCGCUGUGUCCGUUUUUAGCCGUGCCCUGCAGCUCCUGGGACAAAUUUCAGAGUGGCGAUUGUUUCGAUUGCGUGAACCAAUACUGUCCUAGAUUCGGACUGGACGCACAGCCUGGCAACUAUCACGCGUCCGUGUACCUGAUGACUGGACAUAACAAGCCGUUCUGCAAGGCCCAUUACAAGCUGACGAUAAAUAUCUCAGAGACGGACGAGAGUCUGUCGUACGGCGGGGAAGUCGGGAUGUUCGUCGUGCGCGUCAUCGGCGCGAACAACAAGAAGACCGAGAGGAUCCAGCUGUCUCCGACCUCGAAGUACUACGAGCCCGGUAGUACGCACACGAUUGUACUGCCUGGCGACGUAGUCGGGAAGCCGCACUCGGUGGAGAUCACCUGGGAGUAUCAAACGUCAGUCUUCAAUCCGUUGACCUGGAGGCUGCUUCACACGCCACGAGCUUACAUCGACUCGCUGUACGUGAAGAAUCUGGAGACUGAUCACGAAGUCACUCUGUGUCCAGACGAUACGAAAACUCUGAUCGCCAACCAACCCAAGAUCCUGACCACGGAAAACUGCCACGACGCGAAACACAGCGCAGUUUCUAUGUGAAGGAUCCGACGAGGAGAUCCGCGCCUGUCAUUCAAGAAUUAAAUCCCAUUGAAACUGGUAUAAUUUCGUUGGGCACGAUUGGAUUUCGCCAACUGCAAAUGAAGACAAUCUCUAUUACACUUUGUAUAAAGCAAGGUGAAUUUUGCCCUUGCCGUAGCGCGAAAAUUUAAUAUCACGGAAAUUAUACCAGCCUCAAACUUCGCUCGCCACGUGACUGAAAUAAGACUUGUUAGCUGCACGAAGAAGACCACGGUCUUUUGGAGGCUGUAUUUACCUCUUCGUAUACAGAAGCCGCGGAUAAGAAGAAGAGUAUCCUAUCAGUCUACAAUAUCACAUAGGAAAAGUCAAGGGGGUAAUCACUUUACGUAAUCGUGGGACAGUGUCUCCGAAAUCAUGACGAAAUCCUUACGAAAUCCCCGUGUAAUCCUUUUGUCUUCAUUUUCAAGUUUCUUCACUUGUUAGACAAUACGCAUUAAACUUGAACAUUCUCUCAGCUUGUUCUUAUUUUCCAAUAAAAAUUUACUUCUUUUAGUGGAU